GCCGUACGCGCGCGUCGACAGGGCCCGCGCGUUUCUGGCGCUGACACCCGCUGCGCUAAACCAGCACGGUCUGGACUUAAUUAUCGGGGCUGCGUGAUAACAAAAACAACAACAACAACAACAACAACAACAACAACAACAAUCAAAUCAUCACGAGAGCAGUGGCAACCCCAAUAAUUGGAAAAUGUCCGGAUUCGCGACGGCGGGUCUCGCGGCCUUCGAUUCCCUCAAGACCAAAGCUGCCCAGAAAAUCUCCGGGAUAAAAAACAGGGGACCGGUAGGGGCGAGCGGGUACGAGGAGUUCGAGGCGCCGAGCGAGUACAUGAAAGAAAACAAGGGCUUCGAGGAUGAACGAGGACGAUUCAGCAAACAGGGCUCCCUCGACUCGCUGCCGGAACCAGAGAGGCCACCCCUACGGCACAUCGACACCUACUGCAUGCCCGAGAUACCUUGCCUGUCCAAGAGGUACACCAUAGCCCUGCUCGCGUGCAUUGGCUUCGUCAUUUCGUUCGGUAUGCGUUGCAACAUGGGCAUGGCCAAGCUGAAGAUAAGCAACGACUCGCAAAACAACCCGUUCAACUGGACCGUGGCGACGCAGAGCGCGGUCGACUCGUCCUUCUUCUGGGGAUACCUGGUGACCCAAGUACCCGGCGGCUUCCUGGCCUCCCUCUACCCGGCCAACCGGAUAUUCGGCCUGGCCAUCGUCAUCUCCUCGUUCCUCAACCUCCUCGUGCCCAGCGCCAUUUCCCUCAGCCCCAUCGACUACAUGAUCAUUCAAGUCUGCAAGGGAUUCGUCGAAGGUGUCACGUAUCCGGCGUGUCACGGCAUAUGGAAGUACUGGGCACCACCCCUCGAACGGUCCAGACUGGCGACCCUGGCGUUUUGCGGCUCGUACGCCGCAGUUGUCAUAGGAAUGCCGCUGUCCGGCGUGCUGAGUAACUGGCUCGGCUGGACCGCCUCCUUUUACUUUUACGGUGUGUUCGGUCUGAUCUGGUACUGCUUUUGGCUGUGGCUGUCGUUCGAGAAGCCGUCGAAGCACCCGUGCAUCUCGGCGCGCGAGCUCCGCUACAUCGAGGACUCGUUGGGCCAGGGCCAGGUAGGCCAGCCCAUACCCACCUUCUCGACGACGCCCUGGCGCAAGUUCCUCACCUCGAUGCCCGUGCACGCGAUCAUCGUCGCCAACUUUUGCCGCUCCUGGAACUUUUACCUGCUCGUGCUAUUUCAGGGCCGCUUCAUGCACGAGGCCUUCGACAUGCCCGUGGUCGAGACGGGAGUGCUGGGUGCUCUGCCCCACCUGCUGAUGACGAUGAUAGUGCCGUGCGGGGGUCUGCUGGCGGAUCACCUGCGUAAGCGCGGCAUAAUGUCGACGACGAGCGUCCGUAAGCUGUUCAAUUGCGGUGGCUUCGGCAUGGAGGCCCUGUUUUUCCUCGUGGUGGCCAAGUGCACGACGAGCCGCAACGGCGGCGGGGCAACGACGGCCCUGACCAUCGGCGUGGCUUGCAGCGGCUUCGCCAUAUCCGGCUUCAACGUCAACCACCUGGACAUAGCGCCGCGCUACGCGAGCAUACUCAUGGGCAUGUCGAACGGCAUCGGUACGAUAGCCGGCCUCCUCGUGCCGAUAUUCGUCGACAACAUAACCCGCCACAAGGACCCGGCCAGUUGGCGCAUCGUCUUCAUCACCGCCGCUUGCGUCCACUUUGUCGGGGUCACUUUUUACGCGGUCUUUUGCUCGGGCGAGCUCCAACCCUGGGCCGAUCCCGAUGCCGAGGAGAAGGCCAGCUGGAAUCCCCUCGACGAGCUCAGCCAGGGCAGGCCGCCCGUACCGCCCCCGCCCAAGGUCAUGCAGACGCAGUUCAUCAAGCAGCCGUCGGGGGAGGGCCAGACCAUUGGUUGGAACGAUCCUCAGCCGCCGUACCAGCAGUCACCCUACCAACAGGCGGCCUACCAGCCGGGGCCGAACGAGUACCAGCAGCAGCAGGUGCCGAUCGAUCCGGGCCAAGGGGCGAGUUACGGUACCAUCGGUGGGGCCAACGCGGCCAACCCCUUCGUCUCGACAAACCCGUUCACCGGUGGUGCUGUGAGCGCCAGCUACGUCCAACCACCCGGCAGAGAUGACUACGGCCACGACGUCGUUCAGGACCACCAGCAGUGGCAGUAAAGCUAUCUGUAGCUAUGAGUUACCGGUUAUCUGGACGAAUAUUUGCUUUGUCGAUACAUCCUCCCUCCCCCCUUUUUUUUUUUUUUUUUAUGCAUCCGAGAACCAUAUUUAUGUCUUUGGCUCGGGUACCUCAACUACAUAUAACCCAUCCGUGAACAAAAACAAACAUGUGCUCGGCUGGAAAGUAACGAGGGAUUGCGAUUAGCGCUGAGAAAGAUUGCAAGCGAGGUAACGCCUCGUACUCUUCGGCCAUCGGGUUGAUUAUUACGGUCUGGGAUUUGCCGUCUUUUUCUUCCGCCUUUUCAAUUCAUCCCUCGUUCACGGGUGAAACGCUUUUUCACUUUAUUUUUGUUGGUACAGCAAUUUCCGUAAUAGGA